AUGUCAACUAUCAAAGUCGGUGUCGUGGGCUACGGCUUUGCCGCCAAGAGCUUCCACCUCCCAUUUAUCACGGCGAACAAUGACUACGAGGUGAUUGCGAUCCUGCAGAGAGCCGAGGCGCCGAGCGACCCGUCUUCGGCACCGGCCGGCUCCCACUGCAAAGUCGACUUUCCUAACAUCAGACACUACCGCACAGCGGAGGACUUCUUCGCCGACCCCGACACGCAGCUCAUCGUCGUGGCCACCCACACCGACACACACGCAUCUUUUGCAGAAAAGGCGCUGCGAGCCGGAAAGCAUGCCAUCGUCGACAAGCCUUUCGCACGGUCGUCCGAAGAGGCGGACCGCGUCAUCGAGCUUGCCAACAGCCAGGGUCUGAUUCUGACGUGUUUCCAGAACCGUAGAUGGGAUGGAGACUUCCAAACGUUGCGAAAGCUCAUCAAAGAGGAUGCGCUGGGUGACAUCAAGGAGGCCGAGAUCCAUUACGACUUUGAAUCCCCCCCUUGGCUCGCCCAUAUGACCAAGAAGGAAUACACCCCCGGAGACGGCAUGGCCUUUGGCCUCGGAACCCACAGCAUCGACCAAGCUGUUGUUCUGUUUGGUCGUCCAAAGUCGGUAACUGGCUUCUUCCGCGCGCAGCGAGGCAUCGACAGUGAAGUCGAGGAUUCCUUCACCAUCGUGUUGCAGUACGACGGUCCCCAGAAGGACCUCCUGGUCACCGUCAAGACCUCCGUCACCACGCCCAUGGCACAGCAGUUGAAGCACCUUGUCCGAGGAACAAAGGGAUCAUGGCUGAAGUUCCAACAAAGAAGCACGUGCCCCCAGGAAGAGCAGAUCGCAGAGGGCCGCAAGCCGCUGGAGCCUGGAUUCGGUGAGGAGCCGGCCGAGCUGUACGGUACUUUGACUACGUACAAGGAGUUCGACGGAAAGGUCCAGCGGUUCGACGAGGCGACAAAGAAGUAUGUCGGCAAGUACCCGUCCAUCGUCGGUCGCUGGCUGGGCGUGUAUGAGAACCUAGCCGAUGCCAUCAAUGGCAAGGCCGAGCUGGAGGUGAAGGCCACGCAAUCGCGUGAUGCGAUCAGAAUCAUUGAGCUAGCCAGAGAGUCUCACAACACCGGUGCCACAGUUGCGUGGAAGUGA